AUGCUUCCCGCGGCACUUCUGUUCGCUUCCUCCCUGCUCGCUUCGGCGUCUGCGGCUCUUACUUACCGCGGCGCGGAUGUCUCUUCGUUGAUCGUUGAGGAAGAUGCAGGCAUCUCUUAUAAGACUACCAGUGGAACUACUGAGGCCCUGGAGGUCAUUCUUGCCGAUGCGGGUAUCAACUCGGUUCGCCAGCGUGUGUGGGUGAACCCUAGCAAUGGUGACUACAACCUCGAUUACAACCUUAAGCUAGCAAAGAGGAUGCAGGCCAGGGGCAUGUCCACUUAUCUGGAUCUGCACUUCAGUGAUACUUGGGCAGAUCCCAGUCACCAGACCACGCCCUCGGGAUGGUCUACCACCGACAUCGGCACCCUUGCCUGGCAGGUGUACAACUAUACCAUGAACGUGUGCAACACAUUCCACGAUAAUGGCUUGACCGUCGAAAUGGUUUCAAUCGGUAACGAGAUCCGCGCCGGUCUUCUCUGGCCCCUGGGUGAGACAAGCAGCUACUCCAACAUCGCACGGCUGCUGCACUCUGCGGCUUGGGGCAUCAAGGACUCGGAUCUGGCCACCACUCCCAAGAUCCUCAUUCACCUGGAUAAUGGGUGGUCCUGGUCUGAGCAAGAAUACUUCUACAACGAGGUCCUCGCCGCCGGCACAUUAGUGUCUUCUGAUUUUGACCUCAUCGGCGUCUCAUAUUACCCCUUCUACAGCGCCAGCGCGACUCUUUCGGCCCUCAAGACGAGCUUGACCAACCUACACUCGACCUACGGCAAGGACGUGCUGGUUGUCGAGACCAACUGGCCCUAUGCUUGUCCGGACCCUGCGUAUUCGUUCCCGUCAGAUCUUGCAAGCAUUCCGUUCUCCGUGGCCGGCCAGGAGGAAUACCUGGAGAAGCUCGCAGCAGUCGUUGAGGGCGUCACUGGGGGAUUGGGUAUCUACUACUGGGAGCCAGCGUGGGUUGACAACGCAGGAUUGGGCAGCAGCUGCUCGGAUAACCUGCUUUUCAGCUGGGAGAAUGACGAGGCUCGCGCGAGUGUGAACACGUUAGGCGAGAUUUAG